AUGAAUGGCCGGGGGGCAAACAGAGCCGGUGGGGCCAACGUGCUGCAAUCCGGCGAUAAGUUUGUAGAGCAAUUCGCUAGUAGCCGUAACCUAGAGAAAAACUCAGAUGAUCUCUAUGAAGUCCUCCAGCAUAGGAACGAACCCCUGCGUUCCUAUAUAGCACGUUUCAACCAAGAGAAUGUGGCUAUUCCCGAGUGCAAUGCUGAUACGGCAAUCUCAGCCUUUAAGCGGGGCCUACUCCCGGAGGGAGAUCUCUACAAGGAGCUGACCAAAUACAAGUGCAGGACUAUGGAAGAUGUAUUGUCUCGUGCUUGGGCUCAAGUAAGAUGGAAGGAAGACGUUGCAAGUAGGGCCAAGGCCUACCCGAAGCACGAUCAAAAGUCCUCGAAGCCAACUAGGAACGAUCGCGAUGAGUCCUUCCAUCCCAAGUCAGCUAAGGAGACUAGAAAUCCAGGCAGGGGCAGAUAUCAAAACCGUCCUUUGCCUAGAUCCGAAGGAAUGAUGGUAUCCACAUGGCCCGGUAUCUCUCAUCUUGCAAUAACAAAGCUGGAGCUGAUCGGUGUCCUACGACAAAUGGGUCCGCAAGUCAAGUGCCCCCCUAAGAUGAAGGCCUCAGAGGCUAACCGAAACCCCAAGCGAUGGUGCGAAUUCCAUAGUGAUCGUGGCCACACUACAGAGGAUUGUAUAGCUCUGAAGAUAGAAGUCGCUGAGCUUCUCAAGAAAGACCCCCUGAGAGAGUUCCUCUCGGAUAAGGCCAAGAACCUUCUGAAUAAAGAGGGUCCCGGUCUUCCUACUGAAGCGGCUCUCGCGUUGCCACCACAUCAAGACCGGGUGAUCCAUGUCAUCUCAGGCAGAUCAGAAGUAAGCGGAAUCAGUAUUGCCACUGCCAAGAGAAGUACCCGCAAUGCCAGGAACGGCCAAGAGGCCGAGGGUCCUAAGCGCUUACUUCUAGGAACAGAUGAGAUCAGUUUCCCUGCAAGGGAGCAGGAGAGGGUCCUAGCUUCUCACCACGACGCCUUUGUUAUUUCACUUACCAUAGCGAACUGCUUGGUCAAGCGAAUACUGGUGGAAAAUGGGCUCCAGCAAUCAGCUUACGCCGAUCUAGGGCUGGAACCUAAAGCUCUAACGAGAAAGGCGACCCCUCUUGUAGGCUUCAGUGGAGAGGUAAAUCAAACCUUAGGAGAGCUCCUUCUCCUAGUAUAUGCCGAGGGGAUAAAUCAGACCACGAAGUUCCUAGUCGUCGACUGCCCUUCAUCGUAUAACGUGAUACUAGGAAGGCCUUCGAUCCACGACAUGGGAGCCGUACCUUCGACUCUGCAUCAACUGGUUAAGUUUCCAACUCCCUGGGGCAUUAAGGCGGUCAAGGGAGAUCAGGAAAAUGCCAGGUCUUGCUACCAGACUAUCCUAAAGGGAAAGACCCAGGUCUAA